UUUACAAUGACGCGCAAACACAACUAGCAAACGAAGUCCAAACCGAAGCCACCACCGGUUACAUAUUUUCAUUGCUUCAACAAUUAGACGCUUACAAAGUUUUGGGAAGACGACGCCGUUCAUGCAUUCGCCGCAAAGUUUUGGAAAGCAUCAACGAAGAUACCCCCAUGACCAUCGACCCCGCCUGGAAUUUUUACCAUCAAGCUCAAGCAUACAUCACAGAGAUGAUCACCUCGACACGGCUGCAAAUUUUGAACUCGCGAAAAUUUUUGGAUCCCGAAUGCACAGACGAUAUACCCCAAACUGCCUGCGUCCGUCCUGCUUUACAUCAUGUCGCAAAACAGCAAAGAAUUUUCAAGCUCUUCUCUACGCCAUCAUUUUUGAUGAAGUACAUUACGAUUACGGAACCCAACCUUCGCUACACUUUUGGUUUGGCAGGAACAAGAAGAAUCUCGGGGAAUGCGUUUGAUUUUGCAUUAGAUCUGAGCAAAGUCCGCGCUGGACGUGGAUCGACUUUUGCCAACAUCAUCACGACUGACGGUUACAACUGCAGCGUACAUUUUUUCCGACCACGUAGACCAGACACAGUUUUGCCCGAUUUAGACCCCAACGAUUUUGCACAGUGGGAACUCGAUUUUGUUCGCCUAUGGGGGAUCGACCCAGGACUUUCCGAAAUUUUUGUUGCCAGCGAUAGAUCAACCACCCACGACGAUAGACCAAUAGAAAACUCAUUGCAUGAAAUACGUCAAUUUUCGACUGUAGAGUGCUAUACCAAAGCAGGCUACAAGAGCUUCACGAAAAUUUUGCAAGAACGAAAAAUUGCAGCGCACAUCACCGAAAUCGAAAGUCAUUUGCACAUCCAAAGUCACCAAUAUACCACAACCAAUCACAUACAUCGAAUCAAUCCUUGCAAACCUACAUCGCUUGACCGAAUUUUACAACAUCGAGUUUGAAGAAUGGCUCUUUAAGCGAUACGUCAACCAGCAGAAGUGUCAAUAUUUUCUUAUCCGGUGGCGGAAAAUACCGACAAAUAGCGCAACACCCACACCAAUAACGAAGACGACUGGCGCUCUUCCAGUUUUGGCGCUGGGUGACGCAUCAUUAUCCAUGGCCCAAAGGGGUAAAAUUAGCGGAAUCUCCAAGAAAUUUGCGAAAUUGCUCAAAGAAGCAGAAAGACACGGCAAACUUAUCGUCCUCAAGAUC